AUGUCAAAUCCAGCUGUUCCAUUCCCGCCAGAAGACGAGCUAUACUCCAAUGCAUGGGCAAAGGAUAUUUUCAAGGACAAAGUGGUUUUCUGCACCGGCGGCGCUGGGACAAUCUGCUCUGGCCAAGUUCGAGCAUUAGUCAGCCUAGGUGCCAACGCUGCAAUCCUCGGCCGGCGCGAAGCCAAUACCAAAGCCGUAGCUGCUGAAAUCGCCAAAGUUCGACCAGGAUCCAAAGUUAUAGGCUUCGGCUGCGACGUCCGGGACUAUAAUGCCCUCGUCUCAACCGUCGAAGCCACAGUCAAGGAACUUGGAAAAAUCGACUUUUUGAUCUGUGGCGCCGCUGGUAAUUUCUUAAGUACUAUAGAAGGGUUAUCUAGUAAUGCCUUCAAAACAGUCAUUGAUAUCGAUCUUCUCGGAUCUUACAAUACCGUUAAAGCAUGUCUUCCAGAGUUGAGGAAGACUAAGGGGAGAAUCAUUUUUGUAUCAGCUACGUUUCACUAUACUGGUACGGCUUUGCAAGCACAUGUCGGAGCUGCUAAGGCUGGCAUUGAUGCGUUAUCUCAUACUUUGGCAUUGGAACUUGGUCCUGCGGGGAUUACGUCCAAUAUUAUUGCACCGGGAGCUAUUGCGAAUACAGAGGGUAUGGAAAGAUUGGCACCAAAGAAUAUGAUUCCAGAUGAUAUGAGGAAGAAUCCGGCGAAGUUGAAUCCUUUGGGGAGGUGGGGAACUGUUAGUGAGGUUGCAGAUUCUACGAUCUUUUUGUUUAGUGACGCCGGGAGGUAUGUUAAUGGGAUUACUUUGGUUGUUGAUGGCGGAAGUUGGAGGAAUAGCAAUUCUAUUGCAAACUUUUUGUAUCCUACGAUCUUUCAGCCGGGUGCUGAGAAUUUCGAUUUUAUGACGACAAAGGGAGCGAAGAAGCAGAAUGGUAGUAAACUCUAA